GAAGUUAUUAUUGUCAUGUCCGUAAUCAUUAACAGGAUGAAUGCAAAUAUAAUUAUUCCAAUAUUUUUUGGAAUUUUUACUUUCUCAUUUGCCGAUGAUUUUUAUGAGGAACCAGAGUUUCUUGGAAUUACUGAAUGCGUUGAUCAUGGAUUCUUUUGUAAUCCUCAUCUUGAAAAAUCAUGUUGUACUAAAAAUACUAAGUGCGAGAUGUUGAAAUGGCCAGAUCAAUAUUAUUGUGUUGGCAAUGCAUCAUUACAAAUGCCUUGUGAAUACACCGCCGAUUGCAACGAUAUCAAUGCAGUAUGUUCUGAAAAUCAAUGUGUUUGUGGUGAAAAUUACGCACCAAUAAACGAUACAGCAUGUGGACCACUCAUAGGCGGUUAUUGUCGUUCAGAUGAUGACUGCGUACCUGAUAACUCUUUUUGUAUUAACAAAAUGUGUCGAUGUAAAUUCGGAUUCACAUUAUUGUCUAAUCGUGAAUGCAUCCGAUCUUACUUAGGAAAAUCGUGUGACAGUGAUCAAGAUUGUUAUGAUAUAAACCGGGCAAUGUGUGACGAAAAUAAAAAAUGUGUUUGUAGAAUGAAUAGUAUUGCAAUAGGCGAAAAUGAAAUAUGUACGUCGCUGAUUGAAGGGUUUUGCAACAGUGAUUCUGAUUGUCUUCCUUUAAAUUCUGUUUGUGUAGAUAAUAAGUGUCAAUGCAAACACAUAUUUUCUGCUGUAUCUAAUCGCGAAUGUAAAUUAUCUUACAUUGGACAACGUUGUGACCGUGAUAUAGAUUGUGGUGAUAUGAAUCAUGCAAUAUGUUCUAGAGAUACAAAAUGUAUUUGUCGUGAAAAUCAUAUUUCUUUGGACAACGCAACAUGUUCGCCUUUAUUAGGUGGAUAUUGUUGGACAGAGGAAGAAUGUGUACCCGAUAAUUCUAUUUGUUUAUUUGACAAAUGUCAGUGUAAGCCGCACUUCGAGGUUAAAUCUAAUGAUCAAUGUGUACGAAAGAUCUUGGGUCAGUAUUGUAAAAAUAAUGAAGUUUGCGAAAAAAUCCAACAUGCAAAAUGCUCUGAGGAUCAUCGUUGUAUUUGUAAACAAAAUCAUUUUGCAAUCAAUGAUACGAUAUGUGGAUCAUUAUUAAAUGGAUUUUGUAUGGGAAGUGAAGAAUGCUCAGUAGAUAAUUCUAUUUGUGCUGAAGAAAAAUGUCAGUGCAAAGUAGGAUUUGUUCAAGAAUCGAAAUUUAAAUGCAUACCAGCUGUCUUAAACAAGAAAUGUGAAACCGAAGCUGAUUGCAAAGAUAUUUGGCGAUCAGAAUGUUCAAAAGAUAAAGUGUGUAUUUGUAAAGCAAAUCACACGGUAGUAAAUGGCUUACGAUGUGCACCACUAAUUGGGGAAUUUUGUAUUGAUGCUGAAGAUUGUGCGCCUUAUAAUUCUGUAUGUUUUAAAUCCAAAUGUGAAUGUCAAUCUGGUUUUGUAACUCAAUUCAAUACUGAAUGUGUACCACCACAAUUGGGCAAGUAUUGUGAAAUGGACAUCGAUUGUAGUGGGAUAAGGCACUCAAAAUGUUCAAGCAGUAACAUUUGCAUCUGCAGAGAACAUAAUAUUGCAGUCAACAAUACGAGCUGCCAGCCGAUUUUAGGCAGUUUCUGUUGGAAAAAUGAAAAAUGCGCGCCAGACAAUUCUAAUUGUGUUAACAAUGAGUGCCAAUGCAAGCCUUCUUUCACACCGGAGUCUAGUACCGAUUGCGUAAAAUUACCCUUAGGGAAAUCAUGUUACCAAGAUGGAGAUUGUAGUGUUCUGAGUCACUUAAAAUGUUCUGAAAAUAAUAAAUGCGUUUGCAAAUCAGGAUACGUUGAAAUAAAUCAAUCAGAAUGUAAACCACUUUUGAACGGAAUGUGUUUUAGUGACAAAGACUGCGUACCUAGUAAUUCUGAAUGUGUUGAAAAUAAAUGUAGAUGCAAAACUGAUUUUUUAUCUGUAUUAAAUGAUCAAUGUAUACCAGUUGAACCACCUAAGCCCUGUCUCAUUAAUCGCGACUGUAAAGACAUCCGACAUGCAAGAUGCAACAAACACAGAGUAUGUGAAUGUGCUAUUCAUUAUGAAGAAAAAAACAGAACAUGUAUGCCAUUAUUAGGUCAAUUAUGUAUAAAAGAUGAUAUAUGUUUUCCUGAUCACUCUGAUUGCGUUGAUAAUCUAUGCGAAUGCAAGCAAGACUUUAAGGCUAAGUCUAAUGAUCUAUGUUUACCCGUUUAAAAUUUGCCUUUAAAAUUAUAAUUACAAAAUUAUUUGAAAAUUUUUUUGAAAAUUGUUAAUUUUUCGCUAAAAAAUUUUUAAUUGAAUUAAAAAAACAAAUUUUUA